AUGAUCGAAUUGUGUUGGCUAAGGAUAAUCUUCUUUCAAUAUCUUUUUGGGAAUGUUCAAACCGAUUGGCCAUCGUUGAACUCAUCUAAUAUUGAUCUGUUGGGUAUUUUUCCCUACAUAGCCAAUCAAUCCGAGCCGACACAAUGGUCAAUACAAUCUCAUGCGAUGUUCAAAUCAGCUAUUCUACUUUCCCGUCAAUACGAUAUACGAAUCCAAGGAGAACUGGUCGGUUAUGAAACAAUUGAAAGCAAGGGCGAUGUUGUUACUGCUUUCGGUGACACGUGUGAAUUUGUUUCGAAUUCAACAAUAAUUGGCAUCGUCGGACCAUCAUUCUCACGCGAAUCCCAAUAUAUCGGUCCACUCGUUGGAAAAAUCGGUAUUCCAUUCAUUUCGUAUAGUUCAACUGAUCCACAACUAUCCGAUCGACAUACAUAUUCGUCGUUUUACCGACUAGUUCCAUCGGAUAGCAUCGCUGCAUCUGCAAUAGCUGACCUAUUCCUUCAGUACGAGUGGACAGCCGGAAUAAUCAUAUGUCAAAGUGAUGUUUUCGGGUCGAACGGUGCCAAAUCGAUUUCCGAUGAAUUCACACGGAGAAAACUAAGCAUCACCGCAACAGUACAAUUUGAUAUAAACACAUACGAAAUCAAAGGUGAUUUAACGUCGAUUUUGACCUUUAGUUCAACACGAAUUAUACUCGUAUGGGCUGAACCACUCUAUAUAAAUAUGAUCUUGGCAGAAGCACUCGAGAGGAGUCUUGUCGGUCCACAAUUCCUCUGGAUAUUAAGCACACCAAUUUCAUUAAAUUACUUCAAUAAAACGUUCAACGAAAAUCUGAAUGGACUAUUCGUUAUCGAGUCCGUUACUGGCAAUGUGGUCAAUGCACCAACCAAUGACACUUUAUUGAAAUCUGCAUAUGAAAUUUGGCAAACAUACGAACCAGAGACAUUUCCUGGCUCACAAAAUGUAAAUUAUUUUGCCCUGUUUGCUUUCGAUGCCACAUGGACAUUGAUCAAAAUGUAUGAAAAAUUCUGUUCAAAUGUUUCAUCACCGUGCAUUGAGUUUCUCAAUAAUUCAUCCUGCUUCGAUCAACACUUACAAAAUUCGGACUCAGUGCUCAAUCUAAUGAACAGUAUGAACUAUCUCGGCGUAUCAGGUUUAAUUGAAUUUAAUGAGAAUACAGCUGAUCGAGUCACCGGCAUUUAUUAUAUUAUAAAGAAUCUACAACUAUCUUCGAACGUUUUGAAUUAUGUACCCAUUUUAGUAUGGUCACACGCAACAAAUUGGAAUUUUUAUUCGUCAACUAGUGUGAUCAUAUGGCCAGGUAAUUCUCUAAUCGCACCAUCUGGUUCUGCUUCGCUUCAAAAUGUUCAUCUACGACUAGUCGUUACCGAAACUGCACCAUUCACCAUGUCAUCGCAAUUCAUCAAUGAAUCUGGAGAAAGUCAAAUGAAACUAGUUGGUUACAUACCUGAUCUUAUCGAACGAUUGAGAAUUCGAUUAGGAUUUAUACCAGAAGUAACAUUAAUAGCAAACAAAACAUUCAAUGAAAUUAUUGACUUAGUUGCCAAUGAUGCCUACGAUCUAUUUCUCGCUCAGACAACGAUCACCGCUGCACGAAGCGAAAAGGUUUCGUUCUCAAACUCUAUCUAUGAUAACUCACUACGUAUUCUCAUCAGGAAAGAAUUAAAGACUGACAUUGAUCUAUUAACAUAUUUAAGAUCGUUUUCUAUUCAACUUUGGUUGGCUGUCCUUUUCGCGUGUAUCUACGCGUCAUUGCUUUUGUGCGUAUUAGAGCGACGAGAAAACGAUGCAUUACGACAUAGAUCCAUGAUUUCAUUAAUCGCAAUGAGCAUUUGGUAUUCGAUUGGCACACUGGUUGGCUACGGUGUUGAUUUCCAUGUUGUCACAGCAGCCGGAAGAGUCUUAACUGUCGGAUUGUACUUGUUAAGUAUAGUCCUUGUCGCAGCGUAUACAGCUAAUCUAGCAUCGGAAUUGACAAUUUCGAAAUCGCAAGAUAUUAUCGAUGGUCUUGAUGAUAUUAAAAACGGUAAACUGUCAUACAGUCGCAUUGGAAUACUUGUUGGAUCGUCACUGGAGGAUUAUUAUUUGCGAGAAAUAUCCGGUGGAAAUAAAAACUUUUAUCCAUUGAAAACUAAACAAGAAAUUUAUGAUGGUUUACUGAAUAACGUCAUUGAUGCAUCGAUAGUCGAUGGAAGCGUUUCGGAAUACAUUGUUAACAACAUUUAUUGUAAUUUAACAUUAGUCGGCAAAGAUUUCAAUACGAACGCAUUCGGAAUUGUUUUUCAGAAAAAUUGGCAGUACAAAAAUAUAUUCGACAAAGCGGUUUUAUUAUUAAGAGAAUCUGGUAACAUUGAUGAACUAAAACGAAAAUGGUUUAAAACAACCGUUUGUUCAGAAACGGCGCAAACAACGUCUCAAGCAAUGACCAUCGAAUCCAUGGCGGGCUUAUUUGUCACAUUCAUAAUCAUCAGUCUACUCGCGAUUAUUGUGUGUUUAUGGAAACAUAGAUCGUGUCUCAAUUUAACAUAUAUCAAAAAGCUUUUUCUGAAACGAAAUAUGUACAAAGAGAAACAUUCAACAGAAAUUUCCCGCACGAAUCCAACGACAGUAGAAAAGUCCUUAUUUUGA